CCGCCCAAAAUCAGCACUGCACUUCUCUCUGAGAAAGAGUGAGAGAGAAUGUCAACAACUAGAAGGCCGAAAUGGCAUCCGCCAGCACCCCCAACUCCCAAAAUCAUCCACUUCUCUCGGCGGCAUCGCCGGAAACCGGCCAGGAGCGCUGCCGGCAGACCCACUUCCAGCAGAGACUCCGAGCUCCGGCGGAUGACCCAGACGGCGAAGCUAUCGACCCUCUUCGACCAAGAGCGGACCUUCUCGAGGACUGUUCCUUUGGUUCUCUUGGACUCGGGAGACUGUAGGGAGAGGAGAGAGAGAGUGGAAGAAGAAGGUGAAGGGGGAAGGCUUGGGGAGGAGAAGUGGAGGUUCCAGGCUGAGAUUCUGAGAGCAGAGUGUAAUUUUCUGAGAAUGGAGAGAGAAAGUGUUCAGGGGAGACAGAAAAUUUGCGAAGGGGAGAGCGCAAGCGCAGUAUUGAAGGAAGAGAUUGAGGAAUUAGCAAAGAAACUGCAAGAAGUGCAACAGAGUUCGAGAGUUCGAGAUUUUGAGGUUCCCAAGUGCAGUAAUUUUGACAAGAAAACUUUUCUUCUUCAGAGACGACUGGAGAAGCUCAGAGGCGUAUCGGGGGAUAAGUGCGUGAAGGGGCUUCGGGAGAUGGCUGAAGCAAGCUUAUCGAUCAAUGUGAAUUGCAGGUUCGAAGAGAGAUUAGCUCUAAAUCGCAAAUGUGGCUACAAUUACACUGAUGUGGAGGGUCUGAGAAGGAAAAUGGAAGAAGAAGGGCUUAUCAAAGGGUUGAAAAAGGAAGGAAGUCUUUUGCAGGAGUCUAUGUUCCAUGAGGAGAACACAUGCUCAGGACAUUGCAAGGUUGUAGUGAGGAGGAUCAUCGAGCAGGUGCGAGCUGAAACGGAACAAUGGUCUCAAAUGCAAAAGAUGCUGGAGCAGGUGAGGGAGGAGAUGGAGGAAUUGCAGGCUUCUCGGGAUUUUUGGGAAGAACGAGCACUUGGUUCUGAUUGUCAAGUCCAGUCCCUUUAUUCUGCUCUGCAAGAAUGGAGGCUGCAAGCUCUUUCCUCUGAAACAAAAGUGAAUGAGCUGCAAGCAGAGAUGUCUGUGCUCAACAGUGAGCUCAGAAGGUUGAGGAUGGAUCAAAAGGCCAGUGUAAUGGGUAGAAAAGGCCUGCCACCGAUUCCCCGGGACGCACAAUCUGAGAAGGAGAAGCGGGUAUUGAUUUGCCAGUUGAAGGAAAAUCAUCAUACAAUUGGUGACGGGAGUAAGAAGAAGGAAGCCUACAUUGAAGGGAGAAGAGAGAUACAAAGGUGCAGCUGUGGAGCUGUGGCUCCAAAACAGGCACCCUUUCGAGAUGUUGGGAAUGUGUCAUUGCCCGUGAGACCAAAUUGUAAAGCAAGCUUCUCUCUGCAUUGCUCUAAGCCUUCCAAUACAAAGGAUAGAUCUUGAAGAGGGAGGGGGAGAGAGUCUAAUAACUGAGAAAGGGAGGUGGAGGGUUUGUUUUCUUCUCUAGCCAUGUUAACCUUAAGAUUUAUCAGUGGAAGAAGUAGCUUGUUAAGAGGAUUUGCCAA